CGGUAGUCGGUCCUAACAGCGGUUGAAGCCUUCGAAUCUAUAAGUGUUUAGUUUUAUUUUCUGAGUAGUCGAUAGCGAGUCUUACGGGUCCAGCACCAUCCGCCAAUCGCUUAUUGGUGAAAGGGCUAUGUAGUAACCAGUCCGAGCCCUAGGUUAGCAUUUCAGCCAGUUGAUACAGAAGUGAGCUAGACUGUCUCAUGUCAAAGCGGAUAGUCUUUUAUGACUAGUAGACAAAAAAGGGGGGUGCUUACUAUGCAUCUGCCCCGGAAGGAUAUGCCUACUAUGCUGUCCAGGAAUUCCUUGUGGACGGAGGCGCGCAAUGGACGGGCCGAAAAACGGACUGGCUUUUUUUAUUUAUUUAUUUUAUAAUUAAAAGUAAAAAAUAAACAUGCAAUUACUACAGUGCCCUUCAUUAAAUUGGAUUAAUAGGAGCCCUUAGAUUUUAAUGAGGUUGAGUGGUUGAGAUUCACUUAGCCAUGUGACUAAGGGGACCCCCCUUAGUCACCUGAUCUUAGCCCUAUUUUUGGGGGUAAAGCAACAAAACGCAGCGUAGCACUAGAGAGUAGGGAGGGGGGAUUCGAUAUCGGUAAUACCGAUUUACCGUCGGUAUUUACCGAUACCGUGUCCGGUAAACCGACUCCCACAACUUCCCGCUCGGCUGCCGAUACCGUCGGUAAAUGGUUUGCCGAUACCGUCGGUAAACGGUUUACCGUUUACCGCCGGUUACCGGUUCGGUAAAACGGUAAACCGUUUACCGGAUUACCGUUUACCACCCCUAUUCGUAGCUGUUGGAGUCUUGGAGGGCACAAAAGCUUGUUGGGGAAAAUAAAUCCCACCUGCAGAAGAAUUCCCUUGGAAAAGGAAUGGCAGUGCAGGCUGGGAUUUUCUGCCGGGAGAAUUUCCCAGAAGAAGAAACGGCCACGACGGCGCGGGUUGGGAUUUUCCGUCAGGAGAAUUCCCCAGAAGAAACGGCCGCGCGGACGGGGGAGAACAACGCUCUAUUUUUUUCAUUGUUAAAUAAAUUAAUUAUGUAAUUACCAUAGUACCCUUCAUUAAACUAGAUAAAUCUGAACCCUUAGGUUUUAAUGAGGUUCAAUGGUUGAGAUUGGCUUAAUCAUGUGACUAAGGGACCCUCCCUUAGUCACCUGAUCUUAGCCCCGUCAAACUUAUAGCUUAUCUUUUUAUUUUGAGAAAUUUAUUUUGAAGAGACUAUUUUUGUGUUUGGAAUAUAAAGAAUUUUACUUUCCGAUUCUAAAUUUUGAAUUAAAUUCAGGUGAAAUUUUCUAAUGAAUUCAUCGAUUAUUUUACUAAUUAUGAUAAAAUGACAUAAUUAUCCUCAAUUAUAGAGUAAAUUACUCUGUAUAUAUAAAUUGGCGCCAAUAAUGCCUCUUUACGCGCAAUAGCUAUUCGUCGCCCUAAAAUUCGAUUUUUGUCGCCCUAAAAUGUACCAAAUUGACAAUCUUACCCUUUAACCCCAAUCUCUAACCAAAACCCUAAUCAAACAAUCUGUUACCCUGCCCAGACACCGCCAACCUCAACCCUGCCGCUGUCGCUGUGGAUUCUUCUCUCCGGCAGCCGCCACCAACCUCAACCCUCGCAGCAUGUCCGUUCCCAUGGUAAAUCGGGCGGCAACGAAGAUGGGCGACGUCGGAAGCAGAGGACGACUGCAGCUACGACUCAGACUCGGCCUCGCCGGCUGGGCAGAGAACGGAAGUAGAGGUUGGCGGCUACGACGAGCGAACUUCUUCGGUGCCGACGACGAGCGAAGGCAGACUCAAACUUCUCUUUUCUCCUCGGCUCGACCUUCAUCUUCUGUCUCGCCUCGCACUUGCCGAGCAUAGAGUUUUUUUUUUUUUUGGUUUCCAGCCGCCCAGAAGGGUUUUUUUUUUUUGAAUGGAGCCCAGAAGGGUUGAAAACCCAUCUCCGGCGCUUCUAGCGGCGAGUACGAACGUGCCUGAGUUCUCUACAUUUAUUCCAAUUUUUUAUUAUUUUGGUGUAUUUGUAACUUGUAAUUCAUUAAUUUCGCUAUUUUAUUUUGUUAUUAAACAUAGUUGUAUACU